GUAACCAGUUAUGAAAGCUGUGUAAUGAAGGCAGUAUGUCCUCCAGCUUCUUGUUGCUAUUGUAGGUUAUAUUGGUUUUAGAAAAGAACCAGUAGCUGUAGUAAAAACUGUAGAGGCGCUACAGUGACCUGCGUUGUUAUUCUACUGGAGAGAAGACGAAAACCGCAGCAGUUCAGUGUUUGCAUAUAUUUAUGCUAGGCGACGUUAGCUUAGGCCUAGCAGGUAGCUAACGUGACAUUUCACAGGUGCGUUGGAAAACUUCUCAGAUGACACAGACUUUCGAGUGGUAAGUGUCCACAGGAAAAAAACAAUCUCCCUCAUCACAAUGACAAAUCAGGAAGGAGAGGGAUGGGGAGGCGUUAACCUGUCACCUCACCUGCACACGGAUGAGUGUAACGAACUAAUAGCUCAGCUGAGGCAGUGUCACACGGAGCACAAUGUUAUGAAGUUCUUCGGCAAGUGCAACGACGUGGACCGUGCUAUGCGGAACUGCCUGAAGAAGGAGAGACUGGAAAAGCGGGAGCGCAGCAAGCAACACGCAAAAGAGAUGAAAAGGAAGCUGAAAGAAGGAUCCAAGGAGCAUCUCUGAAGGACAUUGUGCUGUAACUUUGCCACUGGCACUGCGAGUUAAAACAUACUAGGACACUGACACUGUGGAACAGGCUUCCUUUGCUGUUUUUGUUGCAAGAGAGAGGAAGAGCUACACACUCUUCCUUGUAGCAUUUGCAGAUCUAAGUAUCAUGUAAUAACGUACAUCAAGUUUUGCAAGAUGGUGUCGUUACUAUAUAUUAUUUGUUAUUACUAAUAUAUUCAGUUGACAGAAAGAUAAGUAAGAAGUAGAGCUACUUAUCUGUUGGGAUCAUAUACCAGCAAUGACAUCCCUGAAAGAGUUUGGACUUUUCAAUCAUUUGCACAGACUGAAACUUGCAGUGUUGGCAAAGCAUUUAGGUCAGCAUGAAAACAACAGCAGUAGUACUUAGGAUUAAAGAUUGCAUUUGGGUAUCAUCAGUCAUUUGCCCUCUAUUAGCCGUACGCUGCAGCUCCAUCAAAGAGAUUAGUGUAGCUUUCAGCCAACCAUUGUGUCUGUUUGCAGGACCCCUCAGGAAUAUUCUGGUACCUGAAAACAAGGAGGGGGGGACUCACAGUGUUAACACUCUUGUACACAGCCACUGCUUUUUGUUUGAAAGUGUGUUUGAACAGGGAAUCAUAUUGAUUCAAGACUUAUCCUUUUCAAAUAAAGUGAGUUACCAGUUAA